UGUGAGGGUGGCUGGCCAAUCAAAGCUUUCCGGUUUUUCGCAGAUCAGGGUGCUGUCACCGGAGGAGACUACGAUGAUAAGGAUUGCUGCCUCCCCUACCCAUUCCAUCCAUGUGGACGCCAUGGAAACGACACGUAUUACGGAGAAUGCUGGAGAAUGGCAAGCACUCCAAAAUGUGAGAGGACAUGUCAAAAGACUUACAAGAAAUCAUACACGAGCGAUAGAACUCAAGGCUACUUCCGCAUGCUACGUGGAAGCAACCACUGUAGAAUCGAAGAAUUCGUAGUAGCCGGACAUAGGUACAUCGAAGUUGCACUCAGCAUUUGCCUAUCUCAUGUAGCCUUCGCAUCCGAAGCGGAUGUGCUCGGUUGGUCUUCAUUUCAUGCCACUACUAGAUACAGUGAAGAAUACUUAGCGGUUGGUUAUUCUAUUUUUGCAGCUGCUAUAAGGAAUGAGAAAACUCCACGAUCGGCGCAGGCUGAAAUAACCCCACACAGCUACAAUGUACAGCAUAAGAUAAUGGAUCUUAGAUUUAUCAAUCAGAAUAGGAAGCCUGUUGUUGAAGACGCGAGCGACAAAGGUUUCUUCCGCAUGGUACGGGGAACCAACCACUGUGGAAUUGAAGAAGAAGUAGUCGCCGGACAUGUUCGAGGGUGA